CAAGUUCGAACCGACAUUAAGCGUUACAUGAGGGAAGCCGUCCUUCUUUCAUCACUCUCGAUGAACACAGCCAUUGAUAUCCUAUCGGCGUUUCUCUCAACCGGUAGCAGCAUUCAAAUGGAUCCAGAAUUUCCGAAAAAACCUCGCAAUGCCUUCACCAUUUUUCUCAAGAAUACUUGCAUGGACUCAAAAGGAAUGGACAUAAAAAUGGCGAUGACGAAUUGUUCAUCACAAUGGAAAAGUGAGUUGUUUUCUACAGAGCGAGAACGAUCCGAGAAGCAGUAUUUGGAGCAACAAAAGGAAUACUUGCGACAGCUUAAUGCUUAUAAAGAGAAGCACCCCAAUUUGAACAAGGAACAUCUAGAGUUUAUCAAUAAAUUGAUGUUGAAUACAAGAAAAUGGGUGAGCAAAGCUGAAGGUACAGAAUUGAAAAGUCCGAAGAAACCGAAAGCACCUCCAGCUAAAGUGUCAAAGGGUGUGGCAACGAAACCGACAAAAACACCGUUUGAAUUGUUUUGUAUGAGUAAAUCAGACAAAUACGCAGAGUUGGACGAAGAGAAGCGAGAACGGAAACUGCGUAAGAAAUUCGACAAGCUGACAGCAGCUGAGAAGGAGAUAUAUGAGAACUUGGCGGCAGCGUUGUAA